AGCCAACUGCGUGUAUCAGCAACCGUUAUCGAACGUAUCCAUUAAAACUGGUGACCUACUGCGGAAGUUCUUAUCACCAUUCAAUACCAAGUUUAGCCAAAAUCAGGUUUAUCUAAGCCACCUACGUGUAGUCAAACCAUCCGUUAGCCACUUUCAAGAUGCCUAUAACGGUAGAUUUUGUCACAUUAACCGUGUUAACGAAUGUAUUUGGUUACACUUGCGAAUUAUUUUUAGAAAAAGUCUGGAGUUACAUAUCCGUGAAAAGCGGCAGAGCUGAUUUCAAAACUUAUGUAGAAGCUGACUACAUCGAAAAAUUUUUACCAUUUCGCACCUUCAGGGCCUUAUUCACCAGCAGAUUUGGUUUUCUGGCCGGACUAUGCACUGUGUCAUUAGCGAUGUCCACAUUUAUAAGUCCUUUGGUGCAAUUAACGAUUAAUGGAGGAGCUUCGUUUGUAUCACCAGUAAUCCAGCUGAAUAACGUUACUAAGGGCAUGUAUUAUGGACCAAAACCUUACACGACGGCUAGCACGGUCUUAACAGAAGAAAACUUUAAGAAUGCACUCGGCUUGUUCGCCGGUGUUGCAGACGCUUCCGCAAGGCCCUUGUCAUUCAUAGACUGCGCGGGAGGCUGUAUUGAUCCUAACAACGGAAGAAUCCUUAAUGUCUAUGAUGUGUCGUCUACAGUAUCUCCUCGGGUAUCAAUUAGUAUUGAUCUAGAUUACUGCUCUAACACCACAACCUGGGUCUGCUUCAACGGAGUCCCAGGUUUGUAUUUGGAUACCCCAUAUGACAGUAUAUCGCUGUAUGCACCUAACACGUACUCAGGGAUUCAUAAUUUGACCAAUGACGAAAUAUUCGCACAAGAUACGUUUAUAGGAACUUUAGCAACAGAUACGAAUGCCACUAUAGCCUUCGGAGUUAGAGUGUCUUACACUAUGGAGCUUACAAACAGCUAUAAUUAUAGUGUUCUUGAGGCGGACAAAAUUUACAAUUACGGACCGAUACAAUAUAGUCAAAGCUCAAGUUUCUCAGACUGGUGCAAUGUAACACGUAGUUAUAACGAAGGCUCUUAUGCAGUAUUGGAACUCGGGUGUUACAAAUAUCUGUACAGAUACAAAGUCGAAACUUACGUACUAGCGAACGACCCUCUACUCGACUCUUACAGAGUCAGUCCUUACGAUGAUAUUGACGGUAAUAUUAUCUCUCCGAUGGAACUCCAAGGGGAGCCGAACUAUGGGGCAUCGUUUAGAAUGGCGGCAGUCAGCGUGGGUAAUUUUGCAGGCAACAGCAGCUUAAGCACAGCAAGUCUGUCUAACCUGGUGAAGCUACUACCUAUAACUUCCAACUUCACGCUCUACGAUGACGCUAUGAGCAUAGCGGUGGUAGUCUACUCUACUGUACCAUAUUUCUUAAUACCUGACGGCACACUGGUCGGAAUGUUAACCAUAACACUAACGGUAUUAUUGUCACUGUCUAUGUACCAGCUAUCACAACGGGCCACCCCUUACUUGAUGAACCAGUUUACGCUAUUGGAGGCUAGUGUGACAGACGGCAUGUGUGGCUUUAAGAGUAAAUUCCAACAUCAGCACAAAUGGUUCAGUUCCGAAGUUGGCAAACAUCAAGGAUUUUCUGUUGACGGAAAACAUGUUACGUUACAAGACCAAGGCACGAUUUACUACGAUGCUGUUGAGAUGAUAUCUCCUGAUGAGGAAAAAGGUAGUUAUAUACUGGCUAACCACUACACAGAGGAACGCUCUGGCUACCUGGGCUUUAUAUCGAGAGGUAUAGUAACUAAAGGCAUAGGAGCAGUUGCUAUUAGGAAUGCGAGUGACCGGCAACAAGAGAAAACAGCAAACGGAGAUUUGACUUUCAGAAAGCCAAGCAGACUUAGACAGAGUAGCACAAAGCGGGAUUAUGCUAGCGAAGCGAUAGACGCGGUCCACAAACACACGGGCCUAACGUUGGAUGACACGAUACAAACACCAGAGAACAACCAGGGCGGCACAAGAGAGGAUAUAGCAAGUUGUGAGCACCCGCUCAGCGAUUGGUAACGGUAGAAGAGUUACUGCAGGAAGGGUGGUGCCGGCGGGAGUAGAAAUCACAGUAUCCCUACUAGAGGAGAAGAAGUAU